CCUGGCUCCUCACAGAGCCUGUCCUGGUGGCAGCCAGGGGAGUGUGAGGGUGGGGGCCCCCCACCGGGUCCCCCAGGGCGCGGGCCCUGAAGCAAAGUGGCCCCUGGCCUUGGCUGCUUUGGCUGUUCCCAGCGGAGCCCACCUAUGCCUGGGGGGAUCCAGGCCCAAAGCGGGGUGCAGCCGUGCCCCUGCACACCGUCAGGAUCCACCGCUGCGCAGAGCUGUAGCACCUGAACCUGUGCCUGGGUGAAGCCAGCGCGUCCCGAGCCGCUGGGGAUGCUCAUCUUUUGCAGGUUGCUAUCACUGGCUCCGGCGCUGUGAAAACGCCAGCCCAUACCUUUUGACCGCACUUAUUGGAGGAGACGCCUUUCCUGGGGCUUUGUGGGAGAGACUUGCCCGCUUUGGGGGAUUUGCAACUGUUUCAAAUGAAAUGUAAAGCCCGGUUUUCCAUUUGUCACUGAGCUUUUUGUGGCUGUUAACUCUCGUCUUAUUGUUGGCAGGGGCUCAUUUGAUGCUUACCAAUGUUUUCCAGGGCAUGAGCAUUGCUGUUGUGGGACCUACUUUUCAAGAUCUAGCUAGGAAUGUGAAUAAAAAUGUCAGUGACAUCUAUUACAUCUUCGUGGGGCGUUCGGUGGGCUACCUUGGAGGGUCAGUGGUUGGAGGGAUUCUCUUUGACUGCAUGAACCCUCAUCUUCUCUUGGGGUUAUCCAUGCUGGGAACAGCAGCUGGUCUUUACGCCAUACCAUGGUGUAAGAAGGCAUUAAUGUUAACAGGCCUGAUGUCAGUCAUUGGAGUUUCCAUGGGAGUUCUGGACACAGGUGGCAAUGUCCUUGCAUUGAAUACAUGGGGAGCAGAUGCUGGACCACACAUGCAGGCCUUACACUUCAGUUUUGCACUGGGUGCCUUUGUAGCUCCCCUCUUGGCUAAAAUGGCUUUGGGCAGCUCCAUAUCUCAACUCCAUAAUGAAGGUGAAAAAACAAAUCAGUCUGUUUUGAGUUCUAUACCUACAGCACUGACUGCAUCAGCAUUCAAACUCUAUUUCAACAUUCACUUUCUGUGGUCCUUCAUUGUUAUAGGCACCUAUAUUUUAUUAAUUUCUUUGCUAUUUUUUAUCCUAUAUUCAAGGAGCAGCCCAAUGCGAGAUAAAACAAAAGCUUCUCUGCACAAAUGCCGGAUUGCCAAAUACCACUAUGUUCUCCUCAUUCUCCUUUUCAUAUUUUUCUUUUGCUAUGUAGGAGCAGAAGUCUCCUAUGGCUCUUACAUUUUUACUUAUGCAAAGGUCUACGCUGAUAUGAAGGAAAGUGAAGCAGCUGGCUUGAACUCCAUCUUUUGGGGAGCAUUUGCAGCUUGCAGAGGCCUGGCAAUCUGUUUUGCUGCCUGUUUAUACCCUGGUACUAUGAUUCUGCUUAGUGUCAUAGGCAGUACUGUCUCUUCCUUGUUUUUGGUACUGUUUGCUACACAUCCUAUCUCGCUAUGGGCUGGGAGUACAGUGUACGGGGCUUCAAUGGCUGCCACCUUUCCCAGUGGCGUUUCCUGGAUUGAACAGUACACCACUAUACAAGGAAAGUCUGCUGCUUUUUUUGUGGUUGGUGCUGCCUUGGGAGAGAUGUGUAUUCCAGCAGCAGUUGGGUUUUUGCAAGGGAAAUUUGACCAUCUGCCAGUGAUAAUGUACGCUGCACUGGGAGCUUCAGUAACAACAGCACUGCUCUUUCCUGUGAUGUAUAAAUUGGCCACCUCUUCCAGUGAGAGUAUGUUGGAGGACAGUGGUGGGAGUGAGGACCGGAAAGCUUUGUUGUCCAGCUCUGGACUGGAUGAAGAUGAAGAGGAGGAGGAUGCAGAAGAAUGGAAUGAAGCAGACUUUGAAGUGAUUGAAAUGAAUGAUACAAUGAGAAACUCUGUGAUUGAGACCUCUCGGAAGAUACCAGAAUCCCCAGCUAAAAUUUCCAACCAACCACCUUCAAAUAACAUACUGUUUAAUUCUCCAGUGUUGGCUGGGAGCUCCCCAGGGAGGAAGCACUGUAGUACAGACAGGGAGAAGAAUGAUUAAAAGAAACCUAGGCUGAUUACUUAAAAUGACUGACUUGCUUGGGUAAGAUAAAAACACAGUCAAAUUGCAGCUGUUUUUGUAAGGUGAGUCAGAACCUGAGUAGUAGUACAAAGCUAAGUGUUCCCACCUCCAUGCUUGCAAAAUUUCAGUCCAUUCUGCUUUUUCAUUUUAGCCUGCAGCUGUGUUUCCUGGAGUGGUGAAAUACAUGGCGAUCAGGUGUAGUGUAAGGAAAUUAAAAUUUAGCCUAAAAGUACACAAACAUUUUCUGAAGUAGGAGGCUGAACUUUUGUAGAAAGACUGGGGGACUGUGUGUAAAUAACUUUGUAUUUGGACUGUUUGUAGUACUUGCACCAUAUUUUUAGAGCACUUCUGUGCUGGCUGGGUUGGGUUUCUUUUAUCUCUUACUUCAGAUUUGUAGAAAUCUUGAGUUUCCUGAAUCUAAUCAAAGAGAUGCUUGAACUUUCUGAGCCAUGUAGUGUGUAACAUAACCCAGGAAAAUUAAGUUAAAGGUUAAAUUGUCCUUACCCUUCCUGGAAGAAUUGAGGGCUGGGAGCCUAGCAGUUUUAGUUAAAGCAGGGGUGGGCAAUUAUUUUGGGCAAAGGGCCACUUACUGAGUUUUGGCAAGCCAUAGAGGACUGCAUGACAGGUAGCCAGGGGCAGAUAAAUAUUAAUUUUCUAAAUUUUUUUAGGGGCCCUGUGGGCGGGAUAGAAUGGCCUGGCAGGCCACAUCUGGCCUCCGGGCCGCAUUUUGCCCACCCCUGAGUUAAUGGAUGUGUUGCUGGCCUUAACAGGGAGUUUUCCCGUGAAAUCAUUUAAACAGAGCGUCUAUAUAUAAUUCAGUUUAAAUUAUGAAAAUUUAGCCAUUAAUCAAAUUCAUGUACACUGUGACAAAGUAUUAAGGGAGUUGUUUAAAUAUCAGGUAUUGAAUUCAGACUGGCUCUGAAGGGUAAAAUUGUUUGUCUCCAUUUCGACUAUUUUUGGAGGGUUAAGGAGAAAGACAGGGCAAGAGAGUUUGAAAAGUAAUUGGGCAAGCCUGCUGUGUACUGCAUAGCAUUGUGAUCCACUGUUUAGUGUAACGAGCCAGAACUCUGGCAGCAAACAUGAACCAGACAAGUAGCAAGAUUGCUGGAAUUAGUUUGGAGCCUGAUCUGCCAGAACCCUCUUUAAGAGCUGCUAUUUGUUUGCAUUUUGGAGCUUUUUUUUCUUUUCUUUUUGUUGCACAGCAGUGUCUUGUUUCAGAUGCUGGGUUUGUCAGGGGUGCUUUAUACUCCCUUUCUCUCUCUCUUUUACCUGGAACAUAAGGGCUUCUACUUAUCCCCGGAGAGGAAGGAAUAAGGAGCAAGAACGCAGUCAGGAGCUUUUGCCGCUCAUAGUGAGAUCCAGUGAAAUCUCACAAAUCUCCUCACUCCUAAUGUUAGCAUAAAUGCCAAUGUAUAUUUCUGUGUAUGUUUUUUCCACAAAAGAUGGAGACAGAAUUAGAUAGGGAUGAAUAUUGGCUGAAGACACUUGGUUGACUAGUUACCAUCAGGACUGGAAUCUUUUUUUUCCCUGGUUGUUGUAAAAUAUUAUGAUUGUGUAUAAUCUGGCUAUAGUUGUGUUUGGGAAAUAUAGCCACUACUACAGUGUUUGCAUCUGCUGUAACAAUGCUUUGUUAAACUUUUUAUUAUGCUCUUCCAGUUGCUGCAUGAAAACUCCCUUUUCUUAAUCAACUAUGUAAUGCUUUAAAAUAUUUAAAGGCUAAGUUCUAUCCUGAGAUGCAUGUGACUGCACUUAAAGUUACUGGAAGCAUUCCAGUCACUAGUAUGGCCUCCAGAUUUGCAUAGUAUAUAGCAAUCAAUGAACUGGAAUGCUUUCCUUGACUAAAUAAGGAUGCCUGAGAACACAGAUCGUGAGGUGGCACUUCAAAAGGGUUGUGAAAUGCCGUAAAGCAUUUGUUAGAGCGAGGGAACACCAAGAAGAGAUUGUACAUAGAGGACAAAAAAAGUUGCACAAGUGACUUUGAACACAAGGAUAUUGACAGAAGGAGUGGCCAGUGUUUUCAUACUAUUGUUUUCUUUUUCCAAAAGGUAGUUGUAAUAGAACUAUUCUCUUGGCAAAAAAAUGACUUUACUGCAGGAUCUAGAACAAGGAUAUGGAAGUCAUUGCAACACUUCCUGACAGAGUUGCCAUCCUGAUAGAGCCAUUUUGCAUGAAAGACAAGCUGUGAUUACAACUUACUUACAGACCUGUACUAAGAACUUAAAAUGGGUUUUUGCCACAAAUGAGACGCAAGCUGUACGUUAAGCUUUGCUGGCUCUGUUCUAUAUGUUGUUAGUGAAAACUCCAGAACCCACAUAGUUAAAAAGAAACUGGCAGAGCAGGGCUGUGGUACAUUCCUUUUAUCUACCUAUUUAAUCUUUCUAAGCUAGGGUGGCAUGACAAGAUGGAAAUGUUAGCCAUCUCAUAUCCUCUAGACUUAAAUCUCUUUUUUAGAGCUGGUGGAACCAUGUGAACCAAACCAACCCUGCACCUUUCUAUCUAGCAAGUGGAUUUUCUAACAAACAUUGGGAAUUUAAUGCUGGUUUAAAUUUUGCAAGAUCAGGAAAACGAAGUACCAGUUUCAGCACAGGUUACUGUGUGAGAGAGAUACUAAAUAGGCAGCUAAUGCAAGGAAAUAAUUCCUAGAAGUACUUGGGCUCAGGCUUAUUAAUUUGUAGAGAAGAUGGGGAAAAUGAAAUGCAAGCUCUUCAGAGAAAUUUGCAGUCCUAAUGGCUUUAAACCUAACUUAUUCAAACUUGCUUAGUCCAUUUUGAUUAUUGCUGCUUUUUCAACACAAGGCUGCCUAGGUUAGAGAUGAUGGUGAGUAAUGAAGAGCUUUUAUUUCACUCCUGUGAAUCAUGCUGAAAUGGACAGAGAGGCCUGCCUCUGAGACCUCUCUCAAAUCAGUAGUUUGACUAGCAUAACAUCAAAAUAACCACUGUAAGAUUGAACUGUUUUCCUUCACUGGAUUCUUGAUGGGAAAUGUAAAUGUACAGGGAAAAUGCAUGAUGUGAUACAUGGAAAUAAGUUUUGCAUUUUGUUUUUACCAACUAUUAUGACAAGUGUCACGCAUAUAUGAAAGCAAGAUUGUGUCUUAAAAUAAGGCAAUGUCUGUCUACAUUUUAAGUGAUCCCUAAACUGUUAACUCCUAGAUAACAUUAAUUAUUUGCUAUUAUAUCACUCCUGGCAUUUUGUAGCAUCUUGAUUGACCAAUUUUGAGCACCUUCCCAGUGUUUGCCUCCCUGUUGCCUGGCAUUAUCACCCAAAUGUAUAUGGAUACUUUUUGUACAUGUCUGAAAAGAUAUAUUUGGUGACUUGUAUGGUGAAGAUAUACUAAAAGUAAACACAGAGAUGCAUGUUUGGAUUGCUUGUGUCAAUAUGUCACUCAGUCUGGGAUUUUCAGGGUUUGCUCUUGUUAGAAGUUCAGUUAAAUUGAGCUUUAGAGUAGGGGAUGUUUCUAUAGUCCCUUUGAUUUAAUUCAAUCUGUGGCUAAUAAGGAUCUCUGCUGAUUUUGAUUUAAAACUUUAAGAAGCUUUUUUUAUUACAAGAACUAGUAAAAAUAGUAAACCAUAAGGAUGGACCUUGUACUUGUAGAAAGGAGCAUCUAAUGGAAACUGGUAAGCAACAAGGACAGCAUCCACAAUAUUCAGAUAUGAUCUGCGUUACACUCAAUGGGAGCUACUUGAAUGAACAAGAGCAGCUAUGCCUAUUUGUGUAAGUAACAAAUAGAUUAGUGGAAGAGGCCAGAUUUACUACCCUCCCUCCCUUCAUAGUUCAACCACACUUGUCAUUUAUCCCAGUGACUGUUUGAGCCAGCAUGUCAGAAGCCCUAGAUCUUGAAGUGUUUUAUUCUACAGGAAUGGUCCCUGCUCAAACAGAGACAUCUGAGAAUGAGAGAGUGAAAAUUACUUCUCUCUCAUAAAGAGAGCACAAAGCUGGAACUCUGAAGUAUGAAGCAAUCAGGUGCCUUGGUGACUUUUUUGUUUUAAUUUUGAUCCUGGUUUUUGCUUAAUAGUUAACUUUUUACAUACAUUUUCUUCUAUGGUUUUUCCUUUGUUAGUGUUUGUGUGGGUGACAGUUUUUGUUUAAUAUAAUUUGGUUGAAAACUACUUGUUUACAUGACUGUGCAAUGUGAAAUUUACUUGAGAAACUGAUUAUUCCUUGAAUAUAAUAAAUUGCUUUUAUUUACAA